AUGUUGCACCCUAUAGUUCUAUGGGCUCAGACUAAGAAGGCUCUCUAUGUUACUGUGGAUCUAACUGAUUUAACUGAUUACAAAGCUGAUUUAGAAGAGGAUCACUUGACAUUUUAUACAAAAGUUGGAGAUAAUGAAUAUGGCUUCACUUUGGAAUUCGCCAAAUUAAUUAAUAAAGAUGAAAGUAAGUAUCAGACUACAAGAUCUCUACAUUUUAUGCUUGUUAAGAAGGAGGAAGGAAGAUGGCCCUCAAUAGUGAAAGAGCCAUCAAAGUGCAGAAAUUGGUUGAAGUGCGAUUGGGAUAGAUGGAUAGAUACAGAUGAAGAAGAGAACCCAUCUAAUAAAUUUGAUAUGUUUGGUGGCAUGGGUGGUAUGGGUGGUAUGGAUGGUAUGGGAGGCUUUGAUAUUAGUCAAUUGGGUGGUAUGGGAGAUAUGGGAGAUAUGGGAGAUAUGGGGGAUAUGGAAGAUAUGGAAGAUAUGAAUUUUGGUGAAGAUGAUGUAGGCGAAGGUGAUGAGGAGGAAUUAGAGGUUGAUGAUGAACACAAGCAUAGUUGUAGUGACAACUGUACUCAUAAGGACUAA